AUGGCGGCAAACAUGGACAGAAGGAGGAACAAUGCGCCAAGUGGCGGAACAAGUGCGCCAGUAUUUGCGCGAACCAUACGGGACCCGCAGUACAUUGAGAAGCUUAGGCCGACAAGGUCAAGAGACCCGAAUGAGCUUCGCAGGAUCUUCCUUCAAACGUCCAUCAUACCCUCCGCGUCCGGAUCCGCCUACCUAGAGAUUCCUUCCUCGUCUCCUUCCGCGACUUCUUCACUCAUACCGCCCACUUCGUCCCUCAAGAUUACUGCCUCAAUACAGGGCCCGAAGCCCCUCCCCCGCAGCGCACCCUUCAGUCCGUCACUUCUCCUUACGACUACCGUCAAGUUUGCCCCGUUCGCAACCAGGCAUAGACGCGGCUAUAUACGCGACUCAACGGAGCGUGAUCUUGGGGUUCACCUAGAGACAGCGUUACGAGGUGUCAUUAUUGGCGAACGAUGGCCAAAGAGUGGAGUCGAAGUCGUAGUGACUAUCUUGGAAGGUGACGAAGACGGCUGGUGGGGAGAUUCCGGGAGUGAAGGAAGCGCAAGCGGCAGUGGAUGGGGCCUUUUGAACGUUUUGGCGGGAUGCAUAACAGUUGCGAGCGCUGCCAUAACAGAUGCAGGCAUCGACUGUGUGGACAUGGUGUGCGGAGGUGUCGCAGCCAUCACACGUAAUCCAGCAUCAAAGCAAGAGCAAGGGCUCGCAAGGAUAUUGGAUCCAUGUCCAGCAGAGCACAAGGAUGUGGUCGCGGCAUGUGUGGUCGGCUACCUUGCCUCGAGAGACGAGAUUACCGAAAUAUGGAUGAAGGGUGAUGUUGGUUCCAAUCCCGAUGCUCUGAUCGAGGGCGCCAUACAUGCGGCUGUGGGUAGUCUCGCGGUAGUCAAGGACGUCUUGCUUGAAGCGCUCCAAACCAAGUUUCAAGGUCAGAUCGACAGCAACGAAGGCGGCUUGAAGAGGAAGGCACAGGAUGUGGAUAUGACUGGCUGAACAAGUGCAGCAAUGUACCUGUACUGUGUCCAGUAUCUCUUCACAGGAAUGACGACGUUGGACCAAUCAUCAAGCAAUUGGCAAGCCGGCUAUCGGCCCGAGCCUACAUUCAGCCAAACCACACUGCUAGUAUAUGGACAGCCACUGCGAACUUUUGUAGCAUCAACGGUCUACAGCACCGCCUACAUCGCAUUCUUAAAAUGCAUAGCGUCGGCGUUCGGAGCUGCCAUCUAGCUCGAUGCAUGCGGAUCUCAAGGCCACGCACGUAUCCAAAACUUGGCAGGCUAAGAAGAUCCACAAGUUUUCCAACUGAAAAGUUGUUGGCUCAGGCUAUCUUCGCUAGCAAUGUGAAGACAUGUGUUAG